AUGCUUCUGGGUUUCUCAGGAUUGCUGGACCUGGUACACACUCAGCAAGUGCUGCAGCAAAGAAAAGUGACAAAAAGUGUUUAUUUGAUGACUUUAUUUUUGUGUCUCGGAUCAAUGUGUCCUCUCACAACUGGAAUUUUUAUGGAGAAGCUGACCAGCAAGAGGCUGUGUCCUGAUGAUGACUGUGUCUACACCAAUUCCCUUGCCAGAGCAGAAGAGGAUUAUAAUGCUUCAGACUGCAGUUUCAUUAAUAUUAAGAAGGGCCAGUGAAUUUAUGUUCAUUCAAAACUAAUGAAUGAAGAAGACUCUGGGGAAUUCUGGGCUGCAAGUGUAAGAGUUGAUUCUUUUUAUGGAGAACAGUAUGAAGACUAUAUGGGGACAGUUGGUUAUUUCCCUAGCAGUUCAGUGUCAGAACAGCAUGUCUAUCAAGAGGCAAGUCAGACUGUCCCUACAAGGGUAAGGAAUUUACAAAUAAUUAUGGCUAUAUAAUUAUAUAUGGAUAUUUUCAGUUCAUUCAGAGAGAAAGGAGAGGUUUCUGCCAGGCUAGGGCCUGGGAAAGAGUUUCAAAGGAAUGUAAAUAAUUCUCUAUCUCUCUUGUUCACAUUGUUUAUAGAUAUGUUCUGCCACCGUGUGCCAUUCAGCACGCACCAAUGGUGUGAGAUGUUUUUACUUUAAGGCCAAUGAAAUUGGUCUGCACAAUGUUCUCUAUAAAAAGAGCGAUGUAUUUGAAAUAAAGUUCUUGAUUUCAGUUCUUUCA